AUGGACAGAUUCUGGAGCACGCCUCCGGUUACUCGGACUAUUGUAGCGGCGAUGUUUGUAGAAUCUGCACUGGUCCAUUCAGGUCUGGUGCCUUUCAGGUGGAUUUUGUAUUAUACGCCGUGGAUAUUCAAGUUCCCCCCUGAGCUUUGGCGGCUACUUUCCUGCUUCCUCCUGACUGGUGGUGGCUUUUCCUUUGUCUUCGACCUCUAUUUCAUGUACACAUAUGGCACCGGCCUAGAACGGAAUUCUCCUCGAUUCACGCAACCGGGGGACUUCUUUACCUAUGUCCUUUUCGUGGCAACUGCCAUCUUGGCAUCUGGAGGCCUUGUUCUAGGUGGCCGUGUCCUUACGCAAGCCCUACUCCUUGCCUUCAUAUACACUUUCGCCCAAGACAACCGGGGCAAGAAAGCACAUUUUGUCAUUCUCCAAAUCCCCGUCGAGCUGCUUCCAUGGGCCAUGCUCACUCUGACCCUAAUAAUGGGUGGUCCGCAAGCAGCUCUAGAACAGGCCACUGGUGUCUUUGCCGCCCACCUCUACGACUUUCUGACAAGACUGUAUCCGACUUUCCAGGGUGGGAAAAAUUACAUACAAACUCCAGCUGCGGUCAGGAGAUAUUUCGGCGCAGAUAGAGGCUCAUUCACUCACAAGGCUCAUGGAACGAGCUUCAGACCUGGCCAGAAUAUCCCCCAACAGCAGAGUCGCAGUUGGACUAGUGGUUUUUCAAACUCGUGGAGUGGUAGGGGCGCAGGCCGGCGGCUGGGAGGCGACUGA